UCUUGCCUCCACCCACACCCACACUCUCACUCUCACUCUAUCUCUCAUAUUCUCAUUCACACUAAUCGCUUCAUUUUCAUCUGUAAGUUUGAUUCUCCAUCUCUAUCUUAACCAUUAUUACGUUCCUUUCUUGCUUUUCUUAGUGGGUGAAGACUUAACACUAGUCUACAAUCUUAGCUUCUUCUUCUUCAGAGUACUGCGCUAGGUUUAAUCUUUAGCUACUGUACCUGAGCUUUUUCUUCUGCUUGUUUUAAAGAUUUUGGGUCUAGACCAUCUUGGUGAAGAUGGGUUUUAUCUUUUCAUACAUGUGAUUGCUUUGCCGUUACUUCUUCAUCUACCCAACUCUGUAAAACCCUCUAUUUAUUACUCAUGGGACACAAAUGGGCUUCAGGGUUUUUACCCUUUAGUGAUCUUAAGUUAGCUGCACAGCUACUGGUUUUGUUAGUGCUUCUAUGCUCAAAUCUUUCUCAAAGUCUUGAUCUUGAUCCGGAAGAUAAAGCUUCCAUGUUGAAAUUUAGGUCAGGGGUUCAAGACCCCAGCCAGAGCUUGUCAAGCUGGGCUGGGUCUAGUUGUGCCAACUGGACUGGAAUCACCUGCCAGAACCAGACUGGUAGAGUGGUUUCGAUUGACUUGACCAAUAUGAACUUGUCAGGCCAAAUUGACCCCAGUUUGUGCAAGCUUCCAUUUCUUCAAGAUUUGGUUUUGUCCCAGAACAGCUUUAGUUGCCCAAUACCAGUAUGUUUAGGCACUCUGAACUUUCUCAGGACUCUACAUCUUGGUCACAAUAGGUUUCGGGGUGUGGUGCCUGAUACAUUCAUGAGGCUCGGGCAGUUGAAAGAACUUGUUUUGAAUGGUAAUAAUGAUUUGGGAGGUGUUAUUCCUUGGUGGGUUGGUAAUUUCUCAGCACAGUUGGAAAAGCUAGAUGUGGGUUUCAAUUCAUUUCAUGGGGAGAUUCCUCGAAGCUUGUUGUACUUGAAAUCUCUCAAGUAUUUGGAUCUUGGGAACAAUAAUUUAUCUGGCAGUCUUAGUGAUUUUCACCAGUCUUUGGUGUUUCUCAAUCUUGGAUCGAACCAGUUUUCGGGUACUUUACCUUGUUUCUCUACUUGUGAGCAGUCUCUUAGAGUUUUGAAUCUGGCUAACAAUUCUGUGGUCGGAGGCAUACCUACAUGUAUUGCUUCACUUCAAGCUUUGCAACAUCUGAACCUUUCAUCCAAUCAAUUGACUUAUGAGAUGUCUCCAAGACUUGUGUUUUCGGAGAAGCUUCUUCUCUUGGACGUGAGUAACAAUGAGUUGUCAGGUCCUCUUCCGAGCAAGGUUGCAGAGACAACGGAUAAAUCCGGGCUUGUUCUUCUUGAUUUGUCUCACAAUCGUUUCUCUGGUGAAAUCCCAUUGAAGAUUACAGAACUGAAGAGCCUGCAGGCACUGUUUCUAUCGCACAAUCUUCUUGUUGGGGAAAUUCCGGCGAGGAUUGGCAACCUAACCUAUCUACAAGUGAUUGAUCUCUCACACAACUCAUUAUCAGGUUCAAUUCCAUUAAACAUCGUUGGUUGUUUUCAGCUGCUUGCAUUGAUACUCAAUAACAACAAUCUUUCUGGUGAAAUUCAACCUGAACUUGAUGCAUUGGAUAGCUUGAAGAUACUGGAUAUUAGCAACAACAAGAUAUCUGGGGAAAUCCCACUUACUUUGGCUGGCUGUAAAUCACUCGAGAUUGUAGAUUUCAGCUCCAACAAUCUCUCUGGAACUUUGAGUGAUGCAAUAACCAAAUGGUCAAACCUCAGGUAUCUGUCCCUUGCUCAUAAUGAAUUUACUGGAAAUCUGCCUAGUUGGCUCUUUACUUUUGAAGUGAUCAGAAUGAUGGAUUUCUCAGGAAACAAAUUUUCUGGCUUCAUACCAGAGGGUAAUUUUAACAUGAGCAUAAAUUUUAACAAUGGAGAGGUUGAUAGAAUGCAGAGAGAUCCAUUUGUUUCAAUGCAGAAUGUGGAUACAAAAGUGUUGAUUGUUGUCACUGGUAGUAUUGAAUUAAGCUUCAGUUAUAUACUAUCUUCAAUGGUUGGAAUCGAUUUCUCUAACAAUGUACUCAUUGGGGAGGUUCCAGUGGGGCUGUUUGGAUUACAUGGCUUGGAAUACUUGAAUCUUUCGCACAAUUUUCUUCAUGGUGGGGUUCCGGAUUUAGAAAAGAUGUGGAGUUUAAAGGCCUUAGAUUUGUCCCAUAAUGCUUUAUCAGGUCACAUUCCAGGAAACAUUUCCAGCCUUCCGGACCUGACUCGUUUGGAUUUGUCAUAUAACUCUUUUUCUGGGUUUGUGACCAAGAAGCAAGGAUAUAACAGGUUUCCGGGAGCAUUUGCUGGAAAUCCAAAUUUGUGUUUAGAGUCCCCUGAUGGAGGGUGUGAUCCGGCAAGCCUUCCGGUGGUGCCCGGGAAGGCAUUUGAAGGGGAAGAAGAGGUUGAGGGGCGUAUUUCUGUUUGGGUCUUUUGUGUAAGUGCAUUCCUCAGUUUCUACUUUGGGGGCUUGGCCCUCUUUUGCUCCCCUCGAGCUCGGAAAUACAUUCUGCAUACAAAAGCUUAGUGCAACGUACAUGUGAAUGAGGAUGAAAACUACAGGCUGUAUAUUUUGAAUUCUCAAUUUCUUGUUUGGUCCAUGUUGACCCUUACUAAUGGAUGUUUUGUAUUCCAUUGCUAUCAUACAA